AUGUGUAGAGUACAUGUUUUGGUUUUGCCCUACCCAGCACAAGGCCAUGUUAAGCCUCUUAUGGAGCUUUCAUGUGAGCUAGUCAAACAUGAUGAAAAUAGAAACUGUCUGGAGAAUUUGACAGAGUCAAUCCGUGAAGUCAUGCCAAAUAAGCUGGAAAAGUUGAUACAAGAGAUAAAUGAAUCUGACAGUGAAAAGAUCAGUUGUGUGGUUGCAGAUGGUAGCAUGGGAUGGGCACUUGAACUUGCAGAGAAGAUGAGAGUCCGACGAGCUUUAUUCUGGCCUGCUUCAGCUUCACUCUUGGCCUUGCCUUUCAGCAUCCCAGAGCUGCUUCAUGAUGGAAUCAUUGAUACUGAUGGAACACCAGCAAAAGAUCAGAUUAUUCAUUUGGCGCCAAAGUUUCCUGCUAUGAGGACAAAACAUUUUGUUUGGACACAGAUUAGUGAUUACUUGAGUGCACAAAAAGUUGUGUUCAACUAUAUGAUAAGGAACAACAAAGCAGCAAAAAUUGUAGACUGGGUGAUCUGCAACUCAACUCAUAAACUUGAGCCUUCAGCAUUUGCUUUUGCUCCACAAAUUCUUCCUAUAGGUCCACUUCAAGCAAUCAAGAGAAACCAUAGUGAGAAUUUAGCAGGAUCAUUUUGGCCAGAAGACUCAACUUGCUUGAAUUGGCUUGAUCAACAAACAGAUAAGUCAGUCACUUAUAUUGCUUUUGGAAGUUUUACUAUCUUGGAUCUCACCCAGUUGCAGGAACUAGCAUUGGCACUUGAACUCUCAAAUGAGCCAUUUCUAUGGGCUGUAAGAUCAGAUAUCAACAAUGGGGCAAUCUAUGACUUCCUAAAAGCAUUUGAAGACAGAUUGUCUUCUCAUGGGAAGAUAGUUGGUUGGGCUCCACAGCAGAAAGUUCUGAAACAUCCUUCAAUUGCUUGUUUCUUGAGCCAUUGUGGUUGGAAUUCUACCUUAGAAGGUGCCAUCAAUGGAGUGCCUUUCUUGUGCUGGCCUUAUUUUGCUGAUCAGUUUCUUAAGGAGACCUAUAUUUGUGAUAUUUGGAAGGUCGGUUUAAGGCUUAAUCGUCGUAACGAUAGGAUAAUCAGCCAUGAAGAAAUAGCAUUCAAGAUUAAGCAAGCGAUCCAUGACAAAGGAUUCAGAGCAAGUGCUUCAGAGCUACAGGAAAAGGUCAUUAACUGUGUUCAAGAAGGUGGUAGCUCAAACAAGCAUUUGAAGAACUUUGUUGAUUGGAUAAAAGCAUGA